AUGGGCGGGCUCUUCUCGCGACCAGUGGGCGACGGUGAACUGCACCCUGUGUACCCGACGGUGCGGGCGGCGGGGGAGGGGGAGCGCGGGCGGGGCUGGGUGCGCGAGUACGCGUUCGAGGACGCGCUGCACGCCACGGAGGGCUUCAAGGCGCUCGCGGGGCGCGGCCCCUUCGGGUUCGUGUACAAGGGCUUCAUGUGGGCGCCCGCCGCGCGCGCGGAGGGGGACGGCGCAGAGGGGGAGGGCGCGGAGGGCGCGGGCGCGCGCGCGCUGAUCCCGGUGGCGGUGAAGGUGCUGAACGGCGACCCCGUCACGGGCGUGGGGGGCCUGGCGACCUUCGCGCACGAGUGCGCGCUGGUGGAGGAGGAGGGGCGGCAUGCGAGUCUGCUGCGUGUGCACGGGUACGUGGCGCAGCGGCCGCCCAUCAUCAUCUGUGACUUCAUUGAAGGCGGCACCGUGGAGCACCUCAUGGCUAGAGUGGCGCGGGGAGAGGUGCAGUUCCCAUGGAGGGAGCGGGUGCAGAUGGCGUUCACAUGUGCGGACGUGUUGGCACAGCUGCACCGCCUCAACCUCGUGCACCGCAACUUCAAAGCCUCCAACGUGCUGCUGCAACCCGACGGGACGGCAGUGGUGGCGGACUAUGGGUUGGCGAGGGUGGUGGCGGAUUGGAAGAUGCACGUGCAGAUGAGGGGCGCCUCCUCCAUGUCCUACAUCGACCCCGCCUACUUCGACUCCGGCACGCUGACACGUCUAUCAGACACGUACGCGUUCGGCAUCUUUCUCCUGGAGCUGGUGUCGGGGGCAUCAGCGCAGGGGCCGCGCUUCAAGGCCGUGCGCAAGGCCGUGGCCGUGGCGCGCGAGGCGGACCCCGCACAGGUGCUGGACCCGGCACUGACGGGGCAGUGGCAGCCGGCUGCCAGCGCCAUCGUGCUGGCGACCAUCCGCUCCGCCAUCCUCCAGCCCGCCACCAUGCCACUCUCCGCUCUCUCCGUCGCCCGCCCCCUCGUACCUGCCGCGGCUGCUUCCCCCGCAAGCGCCGCUCCUCCAGCGCGCGCUCAGUCUUGCGCUCCCCUCCCUAGCGACCGCCGCCUGCCCGCAGUUUUUCCGCUGCGCGCAGCAUUGCAUGCGCGCACCGCCCUCGCUGGCGCCCUCUUCCCCCACGGCCAUGGAUGUACGUCGGGCCCCCGCGGUCGCCGCCAGCUCGCGGUGAGGGCGACGGCGACCCUCCCUGUGGCGGCGGCAGGCGGCGGCGAGCUGGCGCCGUUCCCGCGCGACUACGACGAGGCCAUCCGACAGGCGCAGCAAGCCACUCAAGCAGCUCUCGCCGACGGCCGCUCGCUACUGGAGGUGGAGUUCCCCACGACCAGCCUUGACUCCGUGCCAGGUGUGUGCUGUGCUGUGCUCUUCGCGGGGGCAGGCGAUGCGGAGGGGGGGAUAGAGAUGACGAGCAGCAUGCGAAUGCUGCGCCAGUACUGCCUCAUGUUCGCCGCUCAAGGUCCCCCGCCCUCCUCCGUGCGCCUUGUGAGUCACUCCCUACCAUGCCCCUCCCGCUGCCCCUCCCUGACUUUCCCUGCUCUUCCAAUCUCCCUUCUGACCCUACCCCAUCCUUCUCCCUGCAUGCUAAUGGCUUCCCCUACCCCGUCUCUCACCCCUUUGCGCCUGCACCACGGCACCGCACCACGGCACCGCACGCCACAGUUCUUCCCGGACGCCAACGAGCUGCCGGCAGCGCAGGAGGUGUUUGAGGGCACGGCGUUCCCCCUGGACUGCCUCACCAAGCCCACGGGGCUGGAGGACAUCGGCUUCUCGCGCAAGCUGCCCCUUGCUGACCGCGUGGCCGCCUCCGACCGCCUCUUUGUCGCCGCCUACCCCUACUUCAACGUCAACGGUGCGCGCUGCCCCUCUCAGACAGACGACUCUGCUGUGCUGCACAGCAUGCCCUGUGCUGCACUGUGUGCUCACAGCAUGCCCUGUGCUGCACUGUGUGCUCACAGCAUGCCCUGUGCUGCACUGUGUGCUCACAGCAUGCCCUGUGAUGCUCUGUGUGCUCACAGCAUGCCCUGUGCUGCACUGUGUGCUCACAGCAUGCCCUGUGCUGCACUGUGUGCUCACAGCAUGCCCUGUGAUGCUCUGUGUGCUCACAGCAUGCCCUGUGCUGCACUGUGUGCUCACAGCAUGCCCUGUGAUGCUCUGUGUGCUCACAACAUUUGCUGCUUCAUGCCUGAAGGCCUAUUGCUCUCUGCUGCUGAUCGUAUGCCCUGCUGUCAUGUCUCCCAACACGCAGCCAUGGCGACCAAACGAGGUGGAACGACGACGGGAGCCAAGUUUCGAGUGACUCUGGGUCUGCCGGUGGCGGCGGUGGUGAACUGCGCGGACAACACGGGCGCGAAGAACCUGUUCAUCAUGUCGGUGUGCGGCAUCAAGGGCCGCCUCAAUCGCCUGCCGGCCGCCGCCGUGGGCGACAUGGUGAUGGCCACGGUCAAGAAGGGCAAGCCCGACCUGCGUAAAAAGGUGCUACCGGCGGUGAUCGUGCGGCAGCGCAAGCCGUGGCGCAGAAAGGACGGCGUCUUCAUGUACUUCGAAGACAAUGCGGGAGUCAUCGUGAACCCGAAAGGAGAAAUGAAAGGGUCGGCCAUCACGGGUCCGCACCCUCUGGCACUAGAGGGCGGUGGAAGUGGAGGGCAGCAAGGCCAGACUGCUGGCGUGGAGUGGAGUGCCGUGCUGGCUUGUUAG